GAAUCAAACAACACAACCUCAGCGCGCGAGAGAUCCAUCGGAAGCACAGGAGAGAGAUGAGCUCGUCGGCGGCCAAGAAGGGGGUGCCGAUGGUGGUGGCGACGAGCAUGGCGGCCGUGGAGGCGCUCAAGGACCAGGCGGGGCUGUGCCGCUGGGACUACGCGCUCCGCUCGGUCUACCACCGCGCCGUCCCGACGUCCCUCACCUCCAACUCCUCCUCUUGCCAGGCCGUGAGCGGCAGCGCGGCCGCCGUCGGGAAUUUUUUUGGUCUUUUUCGACAAAAAAUCGCCGUCGGGAGGGCUGCCCGGCCAAGGCGGUCCGAGGAGGAGAAGCUGCACAAGGCGUAUCACGUCGUCUGCUGGGGUCCCAACUGA